GGCACUGCAGACGCGUCGCUUUUCCUCAGUCGUGCUGCCAUUCAGCCGCAGUAAGCGGGCAGCCUGCCGGCCCCCGUCACACAGACGUCAGGCACGUAACUGAAACCGCACUGUUCCCAUCGGCAGACAAGGCGCCGGCUCCAGUCAGGUGUCAUCAUUAUUACUGACUGCCCCUGGAUCAGCCGGCCAUCUCUCCGGCACCAGCUGCGUAGCGGUUCCGGUUCCGGGUCCAGGUCCAGGUCCGGGCGCUUGCCAACCCCUUGCCAUAUUUGGCGCCGCCUUGCCCUCGGUGCCUGAGCUCCGGGGGAUGGUCCUGCUCAUCAGCCGGCCCGGUUUACUGACUGCUGCUUCAGGGAAGUAGGUGUCGGCGUUUUGUCGGAGAGAAGCGACGCAGGGGGGACGGAGGGAUAGAGAGAUGGCGACCCGAUCGGAAAGGGAAAAGGCCCAGAAGCUGAAUGAGCAGCACCAGGCGAUCUUGUCCAAAAUGCUGCGGGAGGAGGACAACAAGUACUGCGCUGACUGCGAAGCUAAAGGUCCACGAUGGGCCUCCUGGAAUCUCGGAGUCUUCAUCUGCAUCCGCUGCGCCGGCAUCCACCGCAACCUGGGCGUGCACAUAUCGCGCGUCAAGUCCGUCAACCUGGAUCAGUGGACCCCGGAGCAGAUCCAGAGCGUGCAGGACAUGGGCAACAGCAAGGCCCGCCGGCUGUACGAGGCCACCCUCCCGGAGAGCUUCAGGAGGCCUCAGACCGACCAAGCCGUGGAGUUCUUCAUCAGGGACAAGUACGAGAGGAAGAAGUACUAUGACAAGAGCGUGGCAGAGGCCAUCGCCAAGUCCUCCGAGGCCGCCGUACCUUCAGUGGCCCCCAUCUCAUCACAAGUGGUUGAGAAGAGCAAGGCUGAGAAGGAGCGAGAGAAAGAAGAGAGGAGGAUGGAAAGGGAGGUGGCCAGGGGGGAUCGGUUGGCAGCCAGCGAGAAGGCCCAGAAGAAGGAUGAGGGCCAGAGGGACGCCCGAGGCAGCCCCGCCCGGAGGCCAGAGCCCGCCGUCGACCUGCUGGGCCUGGACACCCCCGCGGUCAGUGCUGGCAGCGGCUUGGCCGGUGCAGCCCCGCUCAGCGACGACCUGGACAUCUUUGGGCCCAUGGUGUCCAACCCACUGCCAUCCUCCUCCGCACAGCAGGGCGGCAGCAACACGGCAGCGUCGGGGGCAACGUCAGCGCCUGGAGCGGGAGGCUCAGGUCCAGCCCAGGGGGACCUGGACCUGUUUGGUGAGAGAGGCAGCAAGACAGAGGAGACCAGCAAGAAGCCACUCUCCAAGGACUCCAUCCUGUCCCUGUACAGCAGUGGUGGUGGUGGAAUGUCCCAGCAACCGGCCCCAGCUGCCAUGUAUAUGGGAGCCUCCCAGAUGCAGUUCCCCACCCCGCCCGCCGCGGCCUUCCAGGGCUACGCCCCCAUGAGCGGGGCAGUGCCAGCCAGCCCCAUGGUGGGUGCCAUGGUGGGCCAGAACACAGGCGUGAUGGUCAGCAUGGCGAUGCCCAACGGCUUCAUGGGGAGCGUUCCGGGCGGGGUGACGAGCACGGCGCCGGGCAUGAUGCCACCACAGGGGGGCGCUGUGCCAACUGGGGCGGUGCCCGCCCAGAACAUGUAUGCUAUGCAGCCCGGCCAGCAGGGACAGUGGAACGUGGGCCAGGUGAACCAGCAAAUGUCCGGGAUGAGUCUGAAUGGAGUGGGGGGAGGGGCUGUGAGCUUCGGACAGCCGCCUGCCUGGACCGGGCCCCCCCCAGGCCAGACCCUCAGCACACAACUGUGGAAGUGAUGGAGGCGGUCGGCGGGGCGGGUGGUGGCGGGGCUCCCCCCAAUCUGAAUCUGUCCUGCCCGAUCGGAGUGCGUCCAUCUCCAUCAAGAGGCCAGAAUUAAGUUGCACCCCCCCGACAGCUGCAUACAUCUUACCUACAAACUAUUUUCUGAAAUGAUUUUUAAGCCUAUUGCUGGACCAAUUAUACAGGCGUCUAAUGUAUCAUUACCAAUACAAUAGUGAAUAAUAGUAUUUAAAUGGAAGCGAUGUGCUAAUGUUUGACUUCCUGUUCCGCGUGUGUGACUUCCUGUAUACAAACUAUCCCUUAGAAUAUAUUGUGAGAGAAAAUGUGCUGUACAUUUUACGUGUUACCAGGAGCAAAGACACGCCCACGUAUCCCCAGGCCUCUGUCCCAAAACACCGUCCCAUCAACGGAAACACGUUGGUCAUCAUGUGGUAUUUAUUGUACAUAGAGUAGAAGAGUAUGAGAUGUUAUGUAAUCUGUGUUGGGCUGAAAUGAUGGUACGGACAACCUGGGAGAGUGGAGAGGAGAAGUCAAGAAAUGGAUGAAGCUAGAGAUGAACAUUUAUCGAUGAUCGCUGCUGAGUAACCACCAUCGCGGACACAGGACAUCAGUGUGGCAGGACGGGAAGCGAGUCUCAUCCUCCAUCUUCAUUUCUGUGAUGUGUUUACAUUUUUUCUGGUGCUUAGUAGCGAUGGAACAUGUUUUCAUGCAUUAAACAGUGAACAGCCAUAAAUGA